AUGACUGCCUUUGUGGUGGAAUCAUGGAUAUGGUACUCGGUGGCCAUAUGUAUGGUUCUCUCGCGCAUGGUGUCGCGCCUGCUACUAUUCAAAUCACUGCUGCGACUCCAGAUCGAGGACUACCUGAUGAUGUUCCUGACCUGCCUAUAUACAAUUCUGAUCGUGUUUCUCAACAUUGAUCUGAAUGUCUCGACGAAUCUCAUCGACCCCGCCCAUCCUGUCGUCUUGACACCCCAAGAAAUAUCCCAACGUACGUGGGGAUCCAAGACUGUUCUCCUCGUCGAACAGUGCAUGUGUGCUGUGCAAUGGGGAACCAAAUGUUGUCUCCUCCUUCUCUACUGGCGCCUCACUCAGAAUCUCAAGCAAGCCUUGGUAGUCAAGAUCGCCGCAGCAUAUGUAGCCGUCACCUACAUCGUCAUGGAGAUAUGCUAUUUCGCCGUCUGGUGUCGCCCCUUCCACGACUAUUGGCAGACUCCGACGAACAAUGUACAGUGCACCACCGCCUUGCACCACCUCAUCAUGAACCUGGUCUUCAACCUCAGCAGCGACAUCCUCAUCCUGUCGAUUCCACUUCCGCUCUUUGUCAAGGCGCAUCUGGAGCUCAAGAAGAAGAUUCUCCUGGUGUUCCCGUUCAGCCUGGGACUGUUCACGAUGCUCUGUGCCAUUUUGAGCAAGCGCCUGAGUUUCACUCAUCCCUACAGCUCCGAAUGGGUGUACUGGUACUGCCGAGAAGCGAGCACUGCAAUGAUUGUCACCAACAUGCCGUACAGUUGGGCUCUGAUCCGACGAAUCUUCAAUCUGCGAUCCUUCUUUGGUGAUUCAACCGCAGGGCGUCUGCAGGCAGGACAACCGAGGGAACUUCAUGGAUACAGCCCGGGAGCAAUCGCCCUGGACAGCCAACCGCGGUCGCGACAGCCGAGUCAAGUAGAUGGAGACCUUAGAAAACCUUCAUGGCCUCGCCUCAAACUUCACCGGACAAAAGAAGACACCACCAGCCCCUGGACACAUAGUGACCUGGCCAAAGAAAAGGAAGUCAAGGUGGAAGCGACGACGGCAUCGAGCAGCACCAGUAGUGCCGGUUCUGUUCGAAGACCACCACCUGCCGCUAACACGGACUGGACCUUGGAUCGGCUGUACCCCUUGGACGAUGAAGGGAUUACGGCCCCAGAUGUAACGCACCGGCGAUAUGAGGGUGUGUGA